AACGUGAAAAGGAGAGCGAACAAGCAAGUGUCAUGAAGUAAUAAAUUAAAACCAUAAAUAUAAAAACUCAAGUAAGCUUUCACGCCUCGAGUAAGAGAAAGAGAAAAGAGAAAGUACACGAAAAAGUUUAGAAGGUGUCUAAAAGGUUUGGGAGGAAAACUUUUCUGGGCUGUGGCAGAAAGAAGUGCACCUCGGAGGAUGCUUCGGCAAAGGUGUUGAAGUUUGUAGGAAAGAACGAGAGCUGACACGGUCCACAAUAGGGGACGAGUAAAUAAGAAACGCGUUUAGAGAUGGCUGACGAGCAGGACACAAGAGAAGUGCUUUUCCCACAGUGGAUGGGCCCUGAUAAACAUGGGCUAACCAUAGAGCAAAAAAAGCAAGGAGAGAUUUUUGUCAAAGAGGUGAAAGAAGAGUUCCCUUCUGCUCAUACUGGAGAAGUACAUAAAGGUGACCAAAUUGUGGGGGCCACCAUUUACUUCGACAACAUGAGCUCAGAGGAAACAGCUGAGCUACUGAAGACUUUGAACCAACAUAAAGUUGGGCUGAAAUUACAAAACAAGUCUGGAGACAAGUCACCUUGCCGCUCUCCAAUGGGGACAUUGUCAUGGGAAGGACGUGGAGGUUUAGGAGUCUCUAGUCCUGACAUUCUCUUGAGUGGGGAUGAUGAAGACUACAAGAGAAUAUAUUCUAAGAAGAUUAAACCCAGACUGAAGUCAGAGGAUCUUGCUGAGGGUGUUGAUGUGCGCACAGAACGCCACAGCAGCACAAGCAGUGAUGGUUGCACCAUUACUACAAUCACUCGCCGAAUAACUACAUACACUAUGGACAUGCCAGAGGGGACUGGCCAGCAAAUUGAUUACUCAAGUCCUGAGUUCAAAAUUCAGCCUGAGCAGUCAGAGGGGGAUCCUGCUCAAAUCAGAUUACCACAUGGCAGCCUUAUUAGCAGUGCACAUGGAGAUAUAAAAAUGGGGGACAUAUCUCUUGGAGGACCACAUGCCACUGGCUUCUAUGUAAAGCACUUCAGUACUGGCUCAACCAGCGAAUUAGAUAGUAGUGAGAGAGAAAUUGGAAUGAAUGUGUCAGACACUGGACCGUCAGAGAGAAAAGAACAGGGUGUGAUUGAACAUUCUGGAAGGACCAGAACUGCUACUGGCAGUGAUUGUCUCUCCAGCAAAUUAACCAUGGGGUUAGACAGAGGAGUGGGAUAUACUUCUGUUUCUCCAGUGAAAAUAGAUGCUAGAUUGAAAGAUUCAAAUAUGAUUGGAGAAACAGAGUUUGCUACAGUGCAGGGCCCUGUUUUAGACACUCGUGUUUCAGGUUUUUCAAUUAGUGGGUGUACAGAGGACAGUAACAUAUCGGGUAUCAGCAGAGAAUCUUUGUCUGCUGUGCUUAAGGAUGGGUCUGAAGCUAGUGGAUCAGUUGUCGACAACCUGGAAAGUCGUAGUGGAUUCAAGAGACCUCAUGCAAAAGUGCCAACAUUUGGGAUGAAAGAAUAUACCCUUGAAGAAUCUAAUCUAUCAGUAAAUUUUAAAAACAAAAAUCUUAAAGGUGUUGGUCAAAGUGGUUUGGACAUAACUGGGAAUCAGGAUGUGUCAGUUCCAAAGAUUAAGGUACUCCUAGAAUCAGAAUCAGCAGGAAUAAAAGGUUCUUAUAUGGACACAGAAAGUCAGGGGGGUAGAAUAGAAAUGCCAAAAAUCAAACUACCCACAUUUGAACUCAGAGGGCAACAAGUUCAGGGUGCUGAUAUUGAAGUAAAUUGUCCCAAAGCUAAUGUUGAAAUUACCCCACAAUAUAUGGACAUCAAGGGUCCAGAAAUUAACAUUGACGGACCUGAACAAGAGGUGAAAGGCUCAAAAUUCAAGGUUCCAUCCAUCUCUGGUCCAAAGAUUUUGAUGUCUAAUGUGGACAUGAAUCUUAAAGGGAAAAAACUGAAAGGAGAUGUUGAUGUGUCAGUUCCAAAAGUUGAAGCAGGUAUCACAGCACCAGAAAUUGAAAAUAAAAGCCAGGACAUUGAGGGUCCUGUGGAUGCAUUCAAGAUGCCAAAGAUCAAAAUGCCCUCAUUUGGAAUCAAAGGUCCAAAAGUUGAGGGCCCCGAAGUUGAUUUGAAAAUCUCCAAAGCUGAUGUUGAGAUGAAGGCACAAGAUAUUAAAGCGCCAGAGCUUGACAUAGAUGGACCUGAAGGAAAAAUCAAGAGCCCCAAAUUCAAGAUGCCAUCAAUCUCUGGUCCAAAGAUCUCAAUGCCAGAUGUGGAUUUCAACCUGAAAGGUCAGAAACUGAAAGGUGAUGUUGAUGUGUCAGCCCCAAAAAUUGAAGGAGAUAUUAAAGCUCCAAGGGUUGUAAUUGAAGGCCCAGACCUAGAAGGUCCUGAGGUUGGUUUUAAGAUGCCAAAGAUGAAAAUGCCCUCAUUUGGCCUAAAGGGUCCGAAGGUUGAGGGUCCUGAUGUUGAUGUGAAAAUGCCUAAAACUGAUUUUGAUGUGAAUAUCAAGGGCCCAGAGCUUGACAUUGAAGGACCUGAAGGAAAAAUCAAAGGUCACAGAUACAAGAUGCCUUCAAUCUCUGGUCCAAAGAUUUCUAUGCCAGAUAUGGAUUUCAAUUUGAAAGGCUCGAAACUGAAAGGUGAUGUUGAUGUGUCAGUUCCAAAAAUUGAAGGAGAUGUUAAAGCUCCAAGGGUUGUAAUUGAAGGCCCAGACCUAGAAGGUCCUGAGGGUGGUUUUAAGAUGCCAAAGAUGAAAAUGCCCUCAUUUGGCUGCAAGGGACCAAAUGUUGAUGUGAAAAUGCCUACAACUGAUCUUGAUGUGAAGGCACCAGAUAUGAAUAUCAAAGGUCCAGAGCUUGACAUUGAAGGACCUGAUGGAAAAAUCAAAGGCCCCAGAUACAAGAUGCCUUCAAUCUCUGGUCCUAAGAUUUCUAUGCCAGAUAUGGAUUUCAACCUAAAAGGUCAGAAACUGAAAGCUGAUGUUGAUGUGUCAGUAACAAAAAUGGAAGGAGAUAUUAAAGUUCCAAAGGUUGAAAUUGAAGGCCCAUACCUAGAAGGUCCUGAGGGGGAUUUUAAGAUGACAAAGAUGAAAAUGCCCUCAUUUGGCCUAAAGGGUUCAAAGGUUGAGGGUUCUGAUGUUGAUGUGAAAAUGCCUAAAACUGAUUUUGAUGUGAAGACACCAGAUGUGAAUAUCAAAGGUCCAGAGCUUGACAUUGAAGGACCUGAAGGAAAAAUCAAGGGCCCCAAAUUCAAGAUGCCUUCAAUCUCUGGUCCUAAGAUUUCUAUGCCAGAUGUGGAUUUCAACCUGAAAGGCCCAAAACUGAAAGGUGAUGUUGAUGUAUCAGUUCCAAAAAUUGAAGGAGAUAUUAAAGCUCCAAAGGUUGAAAUUGAAGGCCCAGACCUAGAAGGUCCUCAGGGUGGUUUUAAGAUGCCAAAGAUGAAAAUGCCCUCAUUUGGCUUCAAGGGUCCAAAUGUUGAGUGCCCUGAUGUUGACAUGAAAAUGCCUAAAACUGAUGUUGAUGUGAAGGCACCAGAUGUGAAUAUCAAAGGUCCAGAGCUUGACAUUGAAGGACCUGAAGGAAAAAUCAAGGACCCCAAAUUCAAGAUGCCUUCAAUUUCUGGUCCUAAGAUUUCUAUGCCAGAUAUGGAUUUCAAUUUGAAAGGCCCGAAACUGAAAGGUGAUGUUGAUGUAUCAGUUCCAAAAAUUGAAGGAGAUGUUAAAGCUCCAAGAUUUGAAAUUGAAGGCCCAGACCUUGAGGGUCCUGAGGGUGGUUUUAAGAUGCCAAAUAUGAAAAUGCCCUCAUUUGGCCUAAGGAGUCCAAAGGUUGAGGGUCCUGAUGUUGAUGUGAAAAUACCUAAAACUGAUUUUGAUGUGAAGACACCAGAUGUGAAUAUCAAGGGUCCAGAUCUUGACAUUGAAGGACCUGAAGGAAAAAUCAAGGGUCCCAAAUUCAAGAUGCCUUCCUUCUCUGGUCCAAGUAUCUCCAUGCCAGAUGUGGAUUUCAACCUGAAAGGCCCGAAACUGAAAGGUGAUGUUGAUGUAUCAGUUCCAAAAAUAGAAGGAGAUUUUAAAGCUCCAAAGGUUGAAAUUGAAGGCCCAGACCUAGAAUGUCCUCAGGGUGGUUUUAAGAUGCCAAAGAUGAAAAUGCCCUCAUUUGGCUUCAAGGGUCCAAAUGUUGAGUGCCCUGAUGUUGACAUGAAAAUGCCUAAAACUGAUGUUGAUGUGAAGGCACCAGAUGUGAAUAUCAAAGGUCCAGAGCUUGACAUUGAAGGACCUGAAGGAAAAAUCAAGGGCCCCAAAUUCAAGAUGCCUUCAAUCACUGGUCCAAAGAUCUCCAUGCCAGAUGUGGAUUUCAACCUGAAAGGCCCAAAACUGAAAGGUGAUGUUGAUGUAUCAGUUCCAAAAAUUGAAGGAGAUAUUAAAGCUCCAAAGGUUGAAAUUGAAGGCCCAGACCUAGAAGGUCCUCAGGGUGGUUUUAAGAUGCCAAAGAUGAAAAUGCCCUCAUUUGGCUUCAAGGGUCCAAAUGUUGAGUGCCCUGAUGUUGACAUGAAAAUGCCUAAAACUGAUGUUGAUGUGAAGGCACCAGAUGUGAAUAUCAAAGGUCCAGAGCUUGACAUUGAAGGACCUGAAGGAAAAAUCAAGGGCCCCAAAUUCAAGAUGCCUUCAAUCUCUGGUCCUAAGAUUUCUAUGCCAGAUAUGGAUUUCAACCUGAAAGGCCCGAAACUGAAAGGUGAUGUUGAUGUAUCAGUUCCAAAAAUUGAAGGAGAUGUUAAAGCUCCAAGAUUUGAAAUUGAAGGCCCAGACCUUGAGGGUCCUGAGGGUGGUUUUAAGAUGCCAAAGAUGAAAAUGCCCUCAUUUGGCCUAAGGAGUCCAAAGGUUGAGGGUCCUGAUGUUGAUGUGAAAAUACCUAAAACUGAUUUUGAUGUGAAGACACCAGAUGUGAAUAUCAAGGGUCCAGAUCUUGACAUUGAAGGACCUGAAGGAAAAAUCAAGGGUCCCAAAUUCAAGAUGCCUUCCUUCUCUGGUCCAAGUAUCUCCAUGCCAGAUGUGGAUUUCAACCUGAAAGGCCCGAAACUGAAAGGUGAUGUUGAUGUAUCAGUUCCAAAAAUAGAAGGAGAUUUUAAAGCUCCAAAGGUUGAAAUUGAAGGCCCAGACCUAGAAGGUCCUCAGGGUGGUUUUAAGAUGCCAAAGAUGAAAAUGCCCUCAUUUGGCAUCAAGGGUCCAAAUGUUGAGUGCCCUGAUGUUGACAUGAAAAUGCCUAAAACUGAUGUUGAUGUGAAGGCACCAGAUGUGAAUAUCAAAGGUCCAGAGCUUGACAUUGAAGGACCUGAAGGAAAAAUCAAGGGCCCCAAAUUCAAGAUGCCUUCAAUCUCUGGUCCUAAGAUUUCUAUGCCAGAUAUGGAUUUCAAUUUGAAAGGCCCGAAACUGAAAGGUGAUGUUGAUGUAUCAGUUCCAAAAAUUGAAGGAGAUAUUAAAGCUCCAAAGGUUGAAAUUGAAUGCCCAGACCUAGAAGGUCCUCAGGGUGGUUUUAAGAUGCCAAAGAUGAAAAUGCCGUCCGUUGGCUUCAAGGGUCCAAAAGUUGAGGGUCCUGAUGUUGAUGUGAAAAUGCCUAAAGCUGAUGUGAAGUUGCCAGAUAUGAAUAUCAAAGGUCCAGAACUUGACAUUGAAGGGCCUGAAGGAAAAAUCAAGGGCUCAGAAUUCAAGAUGCCUUCAAUCUCUGGUCCAAAUGUUUCUCUGCCAGAUUUGGAUAUCAACCUUAAAGGACCUAAACUCAAAGGAGAUGUUCAUCCAGAUUUUGAAGGUGUUGAUAUUGAAGAUUACAAGAUGAACAUUGAGUGCCCAAAUGCCGAAUUAGAUGUUCCGGAAGCGAGUGUGAAAAAAUCAAAGUUCAAAAUGCCCAAGUUUGGAUUUAAAGGGUCAAAGAUUGAAGCCCCUGAUUUUGAUGUCAAACUUCCCAAAAGAAGCAUCAAAGGCAAUGUUCAAAGCCCGGAUGUUGAUGUUUCAGCACCUAAUAUCAAAGCAAAAGGAUCCAAGUUUAAAAUGGCAUCAAUAGCCGGUCCAGAGUUUCCCUUACCUGAUGUAGACCUCAACUUAAAGGGGAAAAAAAUGAAAAGUCAAGCUGGAGUCAGUAUGGAGGGUGAUAUCAAUGUACCAAAAUUAGAUGUUGAAGGGAAAAGUCCAGAGGGAGGGUUUAAGAUGCCAACAUUUAAAAUGCCAAAAUUUGGAUUUAAGUCACUCAAAAGAAAUAUGCCUAGCAUUGAUUUAAGUGUACCUGGCAGUGAUGUCAGCAUAAAUUCACCAGACAUAGAAGUCAACUCUUCUGAUCUUGACAUUGAGGGACCUGAGGAAAAACUCAAGAGUCCCAAGCACAAAAUGCCUUCCUUAUCUGGUCCAAAUAUCUCUAUGCCAGAUGUAGACUUCAACCUAAAAAGCCCCAAAUUCAAAUCUGAUAAGGAUGUUUCUGGAUUGAAGUUUGAAGGGGACAUAGAGACUCCAAAAGUUGGCAUUGAAGGUCCUGAUGUUAAUAUAGAGGGUCCUGAAGAUGGCUUCAAGAUGCCUAAAUUCAAAAUACCUUCAUUUGGACUCAAGGGUCCUAAAGUGGAGGGCCCAGACAUUGACGUAAACCUGCCGAAAGCUGAUGUUGACAUCAAAGGACAUGAAUUUGACAUCAACAUGCCUGAUAUUGACAUUGAGAGACCAGAAGGAAAAAUCAAGGGUCCCAAGUUCAAAAUGCCUUCCAUUUCUGGUCCAAAGAUAUCUAUGCCAGAUGUAGACUUUAACCAAAAAGGCCCUAAAAUUAAGAGUGAUUUGGAUGUUUCUGGUCUGAAUAUUGCAGGAGACAUUAAGGCUCCUAAAGUAGACAUUGAAGGUCCUGAAUUUAACAUUGAGGGUACUGAAGGCAGUUUGAAGAUGCCAAAAAUGAAAAUGCCAUCCUUCGGAGUCAAGGGGCAUAAGUUGGAGGGACCAGACAUUGAUGCUAACCUGCCGAAAACUGAUGUUGACAUUAAAGGACCUGAAUUUGACAUCAGAAUGCCUGGUCUUGACAUUGAGAGACCAGAAGGAAAAAUCAAGGGUCCCAAGUUCAAAAUGCCUUCCAUUUCUGGUCCAAAUAUUUCUAUGCCAGAUGUAAACCUAAAUCUUAAAGGCUCCAAAGUCAAGCGAGAUAUGGAUUUUUCUGUACCAAAGAUAGAAGGGGAGAUUAAGGCUCCAAAAGUAGACAUUGAAGGUCCUGAUGUUAAUAUAGAGGGUCCUGAAGGUGGCUUCAAGAUGCCUGAAAUCAAAAUGCCAUCAUUUGGACUCAAAGGUCCUAGGGUGGAGGGCCCAGAUAUUGACCUAAACCUGCCAAAAGCUGAUGUUGACAUCAAAACGCCUGAUCUUAACAUUGAGGGACCAGAGGGAAAAAUCAAGGAUCCCAAGUUCAAAAUGCCUUCUAUAUCCGGUCCAAAGAUCUCUAUGCCGGAUAUAGACUUUAACUUAAAAAGCCCUAAAAUUAAGGGUGAUAUGGAUGUUUCUGGUCUGAAGAUUGCAGGAGACAUUAAGGCUCCAAAAGUAGACAUUGAAGGUCCUGAUUUUAACAUUGAGGGCCCAGAAGCUGGCUUGAAAAUGCCUAAAAUAACAACGCCAUCCUUUGUACUCAAGGGUCCUAAGGUGGAGGGCCCAGAGGUUGAUUUAAACAUGCCUAAAGCUGAUGUUGACAUCAAAGGAACUAAAAUUGACAUCAAGACUUCUGAUCUUGACAUUGAGAGACCGGAGGGCAAUUUAAAACCUGUUAAGUUCCCAAAAUUCAAAAGUCCCAGCUUUGGAAUAAAGCCUUCAGGUGGCAGUCUUUCAAUACCUGAAAAAGAUAUGGAGGGAACCUUUAAUGUCAAAAGCCCUGAUGUCAGUACAAAUGUACCAGAAACAAAUGUCAAAGUGCAAAAAACAAAAAAAUCUUCAUUUACUUUUGGAGGUAAGAGCCCAAAAUUAGCUGUAGAUAUUCCAGAUGCUAGUAGUAGCUUAGAUGGAGAUGUAAGCAUAGACGUAAAAGGAAAGAAUAGUAAAUUCAAACUGGCUGAAUUAAAAGGGAAGUCAAAAACUUUUGACUUUGAUAUGAAAACCGAAAAUGUUAAGUUGCAGACAAAUGAACCUGACUUGCGAUUUAAGUCAACCAAAGUAAAGAAACAUCCUUUUGGAAAGCUAUAUUUCCCUGAUUUGGAAUUGGACAUGAAAUCUCCAAAAGUUAAAGGUAGUUCUUCAGUGUCUGGAACUAUUAAAUCAUCAAAUGUUGAUUUGCCAUCUGCAAGCCUUAAAACUGAUAUUCAUAGAGUUGACAUUCUGACCCCAGCUACUAGUUUGGAGAGUCCCGAUAUCAGAGCAAAAGGAGGGAAAUUCAAAAUGCCAAAAUUCAGCAUCUCAAGAUCUAAAUCAAAAACUUCUGAUCUGGAAGUUAGCAGUGCAUUGUUAGAUACACCAGAAAAGGGUGUCAACUUGAGUGCCCCAGAUAUCAGUGUGGUGGGAUCCAGCAUUAAUGGAAAGGGUAGUACUAAAAUUGAUGAAGAACGAACACAGGAUGUUGAGUUUACAAUGCCAUCUGUCCAUGGAGGUGCCUUAGAUGCUGAUUUAAGAUCAGACGAAUCAGUGUCUGGUGUGAUGGAGUAUCAAGAAGGUAAUGUAACAUUUCCUAAAAUCAAAGUACCAAAGUUUGGUGAUGCACUGCCUAAAGUGGAAGAAAAAGAGUUGAGAGUAAAUGUUGGUUCAGGAAAAUUGGAUGCUAGUGGUAAAGCUAGUUCCCAGAGUCUGGAAAUGCACAAAAUAGAUGUGAAAAACAGUGCUGGAAAAGUGAAAGUCAAGAUGCCAAAUCUGUUUGGCAAAUCUAAAUUGGAAUGUGGAAGUGAAGCUGAUCUUGCUGUUCAAGGAGAAGACACUGAUGUUACCACUAAAGGUUGUGCAAAGGUGUCUAAAGAAUUGAGUCUUAGUUAUGGGGAAUUGACAAGUGGCAAGAUGGAAGUACAGGGAAGUUCUGGAUUAAAAGUUUCACCAAAAAGUAAAUCUGCCUCCCUUGAUUUCUUCCAAAAAUCACGACAUCACUCAUCCUCAAUGAGAGAUGGAGGUUUAGUUUCUCCUGUUUCUACUGAAGGGAAUUUACAAGCAGAGGGUGGUAACAUUUCAGCAGAUGUUGGAGAAACAAAGGUUAAAGCCAAAAAAGGAAAGAUGAAUUUUGGAGGGUUUGGUUCAAAAAGUAAGGGUUCAUAUGAAGUGACUCUUGGAGAGGAAAGUGAGACUAGGAUUGCAGGUGCUGGUGGAGUUGUUCAGCCUUCAAAGAAGUCCAGAAUGGCAUCAUCCUCUAGCAGUGAUAGUGUUUCAAAAGGUAGUUUUCGGUUUCCAAAGCUCGAAAUUGCAGUUUCACCUAAGAAAUAAUUAUUUGUCACACCUGCAUUUAAGCAGUAGUGCACAGUCAUACAGACUUAUAUGUUUAAUUUACACAAAUGUUCUUUACAGGCAUUGGUGUCGUGUUUUUAUUUUUUUAAUCACUAGUUACCUGUAAAUAAAAUAAAUCUAUAUUGUAAUUUUAAAUGUUACUUUUUGUAGAUAGAAACAAAUCCAAUCCAACAAUGUAUGUUGUUAAAAUUUUAUCAAAACUAUCUAGCUUUGAUGCAUUUUCAUCUGAUGACUUGUUAUAUUUUUAUACCUUUGAAAGGUUUUGGGAAAUGUGUUUGAAAUAUUCUAAAAAUUGUCUGGACACGUUUAAAUACACAAGACUGUUUUUAGAUAUAUUUGAAUGGAUGUUAUGACUUAAAAGCUUCAGUUAUAUAAUCAUUGCUGUUAUCAUAUUUACUCAUCACAGUUGAAUAAUGAAUUUCAAUAGUGAUAGACCAGAUACCAUUAAUAAGAAACCAUUAAUAAGCACAAUGACAUUUAAGGGCUGUACAAAUUGUAAAUAAAUGGAUUUAAUUUAGAUGGGAUUACUUUGUGUCCCAAAUAAUACCACAGUUCAAAUAGUCUAUUGUAAUGGAUUUUACACAGAGAUUAUAAUCGUCUAAAGUAUUUAUGUCUAAAACUGUCUUUUUCAAUUGUGCAUUUUUAAGAGAUUCUCAUUUAAUCAGUCAAUCAACACCAGGGAGCAGCUGGCAAAUCUGUGACUUUCUAUGAUUUAAAUGUUAUCUAAGGCAUUUUUCUUUCUUUCUUAGUUAUGUCUUCCUCUCAUUACAUUUCAGUGUAUGAAAUGUUGUGCUGCAAUGUGGAAAAACAUAAAAUGUGCAUUGCCAUUGUAAAUAAUGGGACAUUUAGUCUGCAAAGUUUCUGACUUUUUUAAUGUUUUUUUUUUUCUCUUGUGUCAGUUGUAAAACAAUUAAUAAAGUGUUCAGCUAUCAGUACAA